AUGGCUUUAGCAGUUUCCCGUGAAGACACACAAGUGCUUCUGCACCAGAAAAAUGUGUUGCAAGAGUCCACGCUCGACAAGUACAGAAGUGCUGGCCAAAUCACUCAAACGGGUCUCACUUUCGUGACCAAGCUGGUCAACGAUGCGUACCACACUGGCAACUCCCGCCGUUUGGCCAUUCACGAAAUCUGUCUUCUCUCAGACAGCUUUUUGGCUGCGUGUCUGGAGUCCAGUUAUAAGAAUAAGGUUGCUGAACGUGGAAUUUCUCAUCCAACCACCAUUGACGUAGACGAAAUUGCGUCUGGAUGGUGUCCAGAAGUUGACGACGUGGAGCAGAUCCGGUCUGCAAACAAAAACCUCACAGAGUCCGGGAACGUAGCCGGCUGCAAAAGAAGCGUCGAGGGAUACUUGGCACCUGGCGAUGUGGUCAAAAUUUCUCUUGGUGUUCACAUUGAUGGGUACACAUCCCAGGUCUCGCAUUCUGUGGUGAUAUAUCCCACUGAAGACAACGAAGAUGGGUCGAAAAAACCCACGGGUCCCUUGCUGGGCGGAAAGGCCGACGCCUACGCAGCAGUUCACAUCGCAAUGGAAACGGUAGUUUCGCUAUUGGCUUGCGCUUUGACACCAGAAAAAAUCCCCCGCUCCCUUCCAAACAACGGCCAGGUCACAGGCCAUUUGAUCCGCACCGUCGUGGACACCAUCGCCGCUUCUUAUCACUGUACUGUUGUUCCAGGCUCCAAAGUUCGUCGUGUGAGAAGGUUUUUGGCCGGUCAGAACGAAGGUAUUGUUGCCGAAAGAGAAUACAAAGGUGUUGCCUGGUACGAGUCCCACCAGGAGCUGGCCCUUCUACAAAAAUCCGCAGAGGCCACUCAGGAUUUGGUCAAAGUUCAACCAUCCAGCCUCCACAAUGCUUCUGCCGUGCCGGCCGAUGACUUUGCCGUCACUCCUGGCGAAGCAUACGUGAUCGACAUACAGAUGGCCCCACUAGACGGUGUUUCUGCUGGCCUGGUAACACUGGAGAACGCUGACAACUUUUCGGGAAAAUCGCACAGAUCUGACCAGCUAAUCGCCAGACCCGGCGCAUACGUCAGAGAUUUCGCCCAUUCGUACACUCUGAAGCUGAAGACUUCCAGACAGCUUCUAGGUAAGAUAGACAGACAAGGUGUCUAUCCAUUCAAGCUUUCGCAUAUGAGCGAGACUUUCCCAGUCGAUGUGGCAGAAGCCGAACAAUCCCAGAUCGAAGCCAUUUCGAAGGAGCUCAAAUCCUACAGACUUGGUAUGAGCGAGAUUUUGAAUAACUUUCUGGCUAUCCCCAACCCGAUUCGCAUCGCUAAAUGCAUUCCUUGGGAGAAAAUUCUGAACACUGCUAACCCAGCGGGUAAUCGUGGAAUUGACGCCACUGAACGUUCCCUACCUGGCCAAGAGCUACCGCUACCUCGUUUAGGUAUCUCUUCGCUAAAGUUGAAGUCACUGUUGAAGCACGCCGUUUCACUACCGGUGGUUCGUCAAAGCGCUACUGUUGUGCUGUGUACGGCAGACGUUGUCUCCACGGGCAAAUCGGAGCUUCUAAGGCUGACCGGUGGUAGCAAAACCUGUAAUCCUAGCUGGGUUCACUCGGCUUACCAAUUGAACAAAGAAGAUUCUCUUGUUCAAGGCAUUUUCCAAUUGGCGGAGUUGACCAAAGACAAGAGAUUCGGUUUAUCAAUCAGAGAGACGCAACCCCUCAAGAGGGACACUGCUACCUCUGGCUUCAUGACACCUUCAGCGCAAGACGUCGACAUGGCCUAA